AUGGCCCAAACGCGUGCUGGAAGUGUCGCCGGCGCCGGCGCGUCGCCGCAUAGCGUCAGCUUGAAGGUGUUAAGGUUAUCACAUCCAUCACUGUCGCCGGCACAUACGCUUCCAGGCACUGAUCCCGUCGCAAAAGCGUCAUUACCAUAUCCUGCCGCGCCAGCAGAUGCGUUUCCGCUCUCACCGUUACUGGCACUACCUCCUGCUUUUGGCGCGGCCUACGUCGGCACUGUUUUCUCUUGCACCCUCUGCGCCAACAACGAAUUGCCGCCCUCAUCCUCUGUAGUCAUACGAGACGUCCAACUAAGUGCCGAACUUCAAGUGCCGAGCGGCAGCAUCGCGUUGCCGCUGGAAGGUCCAGAUGCUGCACAAGAACAAGACGUCCAGCCGGCACAGACAUUGCAGCGGAUUGUACGGCAUGAGUUGCGCGAAGACGGCCCUCACGUUCUGGCCGUCACUGUCACCUACCAGGAGACGCGAGAUGACGUUACGAACAAGCGAACGUUCAGAAAACUGUAUCAAUUUGUCGCACAGCCUGCACUCGGUGUAAGAACAAAGGUAGGCGAUCUUGCUGCCAAGAAAGACGCGCCAGACACGCACAGAUUCGUGUUAGAAGCUCAACUCGAGAACCUCACCGAGAAGUCGGUCGUCUUGGAAGAAGUCACUGUUAGCACGGCCCAAGGCCUAACCAGCAGAAGUCUGAACUGGAAUGAGACUGAAGACAGGCCGAUAUUGAACCCCCAGGAUGUCAUGCAAGUCGCCUUCACUCUCCAACAGAUUCAGGGCGAGGAGCUGGACGAAAAGAAUGGCAGAACGAUCCUCGCGCAGCUACAUGUCGACUGGAGAAGCCCAAUGGGGGAAGAGGGCAGCUUGACAACAGGCUGGCUGGCCAGUAGAGCCAAGUGA